UUAUUUUCCCUUUUCAGUUCCUGGCACGUGGAUGAGAUGAUGGGACUCGGCUGAAAAUCCUGCCAAGGUUCUCUCCUUCAUUUUUGAAGCACAAGAAGAAGCGUGGUUGAUCUGCAGAAAUUCAGAAUGGUGAUCAGGGGUGCCUGCUGACCCGUCACAUCUGUGGAUCACACCUGUGGGUUCUUCGAAGCCUCACACCGAAAGGGGGAACCCCUCCCCAGAAGACCCCCCCCCUUUGCGCUGAGCGGUGUUGGGGAAAUUGGUCUUUCCGAGUGUUGGGCAAGAUGGCUGCCACCAAAGUGCCCAUCUAUCUGAAGCGCGGGAGCCGCCGAGGCAAAAAGGAGAAACUGCGCGACAUUCUGUCUUCCGAGAUGAUCAGCCCUCCCCUGGGAGAUUUCCGGCACACGAUCCACAUCGGGAGUCAGGGAGAGAACGACAUGUUCGGGGACAUCUCUUUCCUUCAAGGCAAGUUCCAUCUCCUGCCCAGAGCGGAGAAGGUGGACGCCGACGGGAACGGACACUACAUGGUGCCCUUCGAGUUCUCGCGGACUUCAACGCUCUCGGGAUACGAGCCGCUGUCGUUGGACAUCCCUUCGCCGCUGCUCAAGAACGCCAUUUCUCUGCCGAUCAUCGGCGGCCUGCAGGCGCUGACCUUACCUUCUGCCCAAGCCCCGCCCAAGCCUCCCCGCCUCCACUUGGAUGAGAAGGACCAUGCUGCUCCGCCGACGGAAGCCCACGCUCAACAUCUGGCCAACAACGGUUGGGCUUCCGAAGCCCCGGAGGCCUCCAAGCCCCCUGCCCCUCUGAACGGCUUUGCCGAGGGGCAGAAAAGAGACGAACCCUUAUUAACCCAUGCCGGAUCCCUGCUCUCCCUUCACGUAGAUCUGGGACCCUCCAUUUUGGAUGAUGUUCUGGGGGUGAUGGAGAAGCACCAGACUUUGGACGCGGAUGUGCAGGAGAUUCUGACAUGAGGGCAUGUCUAAGAAAGGACGCCUAAAAGCAAGGCCGUUUGUGGAAGAGGGGUGUUGUUGUUGUUGUAUAGUGAGUUCUGUGAAGUGGAAGUUGAGGAUUUGUGUGUACGUCUGAGGAAAGACGCAACUUAAGAAGGGUACCUUUGCUUCCAAUCUCUCCAUUAACUAACUUUGACGCGUUGUGCGUCGCAACUCCCGAUGUUGACACCCCGGGCACAACAACCUUCUCCUAAAACAGCUUUCUUGCCCCUUCUCCAGCAUAGGUGUGCUGGAGGAGGAAGAGGGGAAAGCAUGGGAGAUAUAGCCUUCCACCAUAUCUGGAAACAUGUUCCUUUUUCAUCAUCACCCAGGAGUUCGAUUUAAGAAUGGUACUCUUGUCCCCAGCUUUCCAUGAACUAUGCACCCCAACAUUGUCAACGAAACUGCUUUUGUUGCCCUCUUCCAGCACAACUGCUGGCCUGCUGAAAGAGGAGGAGGAGGAGGAGGAUGGGAGAUGUAGUCCGUCGUUCCACCCAACCUGGAAACACGCUCCUUCUUCGUCACUGCCACGCGACCUGAUCCUGCACCACAAAUUCCUAUAAUUAUGGACACAUCCUUUACCUAAAGGAAGAAGGCGGAUGGAUGGGGGAAAAACACAAAUCGUAGCAGCCGAAAGUUUUGUCGGUCGUACUUUUCUUUUUGUGCUACGGGGAUGGUGGGAAUUAGGUUAAUGUUGGCUCAGUCGCUUACGGUUGUUAAUCAGCCUUCGAAACACCCCUGCAAAAGAGCUGCGUGACGCACACACACACACACACACACACACCAAGAGGCCAUCUGUGUUGCAAUGCAAAGAAAAAUCAGAAUUGGGCUAAAUUUCAGUGGUUUUGAUUAAAAAAAAAAAUGAAGCGUCACAGCGCUCCUUGGGGUAACAAAGGCUCGGGUUUCACAAUGCACAACGCCCCCCCCCCCAAAAAAAAUAAUGUAGCUUGCACAAUUUCUGGCUCUACAUCAUCUCAGAAUGCCGAACAGAUGCUUGCACAAAUUUUCCAAGCGUCCCACGUGGCUGCCAAUUCGUGAUUUUAUUUUAUUUUUAUUUUUUUUGACGGGGAAGCGAUGUGAUCCCUGGCGAAGCCACCGUCUUCACCGUGUGUCUGAAUUAAAUCUUAAAUUGAGCCAAGGUGUAAAGAUUUUUCAAAUCUUUUGGGCUGAAAUUUGGAGGGGUGAUUUUUUUUAGAGCGAACUGCACACAAACACACACACAGACACACACACACGGGGUCAGGAAAACACCCCACUUCUCCAGGUACGGCUGACACUUAAAACUGUUUUUUUGGGGGGGAGGUCUUCCUGUUUUCCGUUUAUUUAUUUACUUUCAUUUCUUUUUCCCCCCUUUCCUUCUUCCCCGAGAGCCUUGUUAACGGUUUAUCCGACAUCUGUCUCCGUGUCCAGGAUAAACUAGAAAGAUUUGUGGAGCGUGUUUUCAAGAGAGACACAAACACAUCCCUCCUUCGACCAACAAAGGGACUCUUUGUCCCUUCGUGGUUGUCUUCACACUCCUUUUUAUCCUGUCCAUCUGUUGUUGUGAAAGCUGUUUUCGCUUGGGGAGAACGUGCGUCCCGCUUGCAUAACGCUGACGGUCCUUGUGAGAUGCAGAGAGGCCUGGGUUUGAGAGGUUUGAACCCCUCCGUUCUCUUGGACCAAGGAAACGGUGUCUAACCGCUCGAAAAUAAUUCAGCGGGGCCUCUUAAAUCGGCCGGUUUAUUGUGAUUUAGCGUGGUGCCUAAUCCAGGAUUUCAAACAUUGCCCGACGAUGCAAAUGGUUGCUCUUAAAACCCGGUAGCAAAAUUCUCAUAAUUUAGAACUGUAUCCAUGUUUCAAAAUUUAAUUUCUUUUUUCAGGGUGGGGGGAAAGAGAAGCAUUGGUGGUUUUAAUGUUCCCAAUUCAUUCCUGGGCCCCCACUUCUGUUUUUCAGCCCCUGCUGUUUUCCCUAAGGCAGCUGGUUUAUUGUUCAGCUGGGGAGCAAAAAAAAAAAAAAAAAGGAUAAAAAGCAGAAAACCGUUGCGUGUUGCCAAUGCCACCUCUGUAGUUUUCUCUCUUUGUUUUCGCCAAGUCGGACGCGCUCUGAACUCCCCCCCCCCCACUUUUCAAAGUUUUAAAAAGGAGCAAAAGGGGAGUUUCACAAAUCUGCGCUCUCCUUUUAAGCCGGGAGCUGUUUUGUAGAUCGCUUUAGCUUCUGUUAACGAGUUUGAAUGAAUUAUGAUUUGUUUAAUCACGGAUGAGCCGCAAUUAACGGCGUGUGUCCUGUAGCAUUUUGCAAUUUGCAACGGCCGAGUUUUCACUACGCCGAGCCCAAAUUGGCUGCGGUUGAGUGCGGUGCGCGAAGGCAACUUUUUCUUUCUAUCUUGCACUCAAUAAUCUUGGGGCAGGGAGUUCCACCGUUCAUUUCUGGCUACCCACAGAAAUGUUUCUCUUGGUCUCCUGUUUUUUUUUUCCUCUCUCUCUCUCUUUCAUUUGGCCUCCCCGAAUGACCAAACCGGGCUGGCUGUAGUUUUGCCAUAUUUUGGCUCUGCGCUUUUAAUUUACGCUUUCCAUUUGGACAGUUGAAUAAAAUCCCUUAAGGAGGGUUACUACAAGGAGCAAAAUCAGCUCUUCUCAUUUGAAUUUUUAUUUUGUUUGCAAUCAUUUUAUCCUUUGCCUGCCUGAUGCUGUGAAAGUCUCCUUCCUCCGUGUGUCUCGUCUGCAAAAAAUCCUUCUAAAUAAUCAGAUAAUUUGACCUGCUACAGAGCUAAGCACUAGCUUCAAGGCUCCACCGGGAUGGUGAAAGGCCUCCUCACCUGCUGAUUGAUGAGUGCUUUAUCACACCUGGUCACGCCCACCAUGGCAGACAUUUUGUGAGCACACCCACAGGCAGGCUUUUCAAAUUUACAAGCAUACUUUUCUAGUUUUUGAGUAAUUUCACUCAUUUUAAUUUUAAUUUUUUGGGAAAUCCCAGGAAAAUUGUCAGGGCAGCAUUGAUUGAAGGAAAGUGAAAUGGCCCCAGCAAAGAAACAGUGUUUGCCUCAGAAUCUUUCCAAGAAAGAGAAGUUGGUAAACGUCAUUCCUGAAUUGGUUUGCUGUAAAUUCCUCUUUUAUAAUAUUUUCAUCCAUUUACAAAUUUGCAGGUUGCAAAACACAUGGUGUGCAAAAACUGGGCACGAAAAGGAAAAUAAUGGUACAAUUCCUGUUAUCCAUGAGUUCUUUAGAGAAAGUCCUUUUUUCCUUCUCUGCAGCACACACACACACAACCUUUCACGCAUUCACGCAACACAACAGAAGUUUCCAACCUUGGUCCCUUUAAGACUUUUGUGGACUUCAACUCCCAGAAUUCCUCUGGGAAUUCUGGGAGUUGAAGUCCACAAGUCUUAAAAGUGGUGAAGGUUGGAGAGCCCUUCACUAAGCCAUCAUAUCAUACUUAAAAGCCUUGGAGACCAUCUAGUCCAGUAUUUCUGGAAGUUGGCAACUUUUAAGCUGCGUGGACUUCGAUUCCCAGAAUUCCCCAGGUGGACUUUGUCUCCCAGAGUUCCCCAGCCAGUGGAAUUAUGGGAGUCGAAGUCCACCCAUCUGAAAAUAUCCAAGUUUAAGCAACACAGAUCGAGUCCAACCUCUUCAAGGCACAAAUGUUUGAAUUUAGCAUAAUCUAUGUGUACCCCAACCGUUGUAGGUUGAAACUCUUGGUUUAUGGCAUGCUUUUUUUUUUUUUCAAUAAACAAAAGUUAAAUUCUGGUUUAAUGUGUACAUAUUUAAGUUUAUUUAACAAAAGUUAAAUUCUGGUUUAAUGUGUACAUAUUUAAGUUUUGAUUCAACUAUAGGAAUGGUGACUAUUCUAAUAGCUAUGAAAAACAAUAGCUAUUGGUUUAUAAAGCAUUUUGCCACUGUUUCGUUUGCUGCUAGUUACUAUGAAUUAUAUGGUGCCGAGAUGCCUUUUCCCGAAUUGUUAUUUUUUUUUUUAAAUUUGAUUUAUAUAUCCUGCCAUUCUACUCCAUUAAGCUCUAACAGACAUUGUAAAAAGUUAAUAAAAGCAUAAAUUAAAACGUGUUAAAAUGA